AUGCAAAAACAGCCGGAUCUGCAAAGUUUUGUCGUGGAUAGCAAUCGGACGAAAUUGAAGCGUCAGAAUUUGCCAAAUCUGGAGCAAAUAGACUGGCCGAAACGGGAAUUUGUAUCCCUUCCGAUGGGUGCUCCGGGCAGCCUUCAAGUCCCUCUGAAACCACAACUCAGUCGUGAACAGAUGCGCACAUUUUGGAAACUAUUCAGUAUAUUUGAAGAGGGCAUGGAAGAGCUUGGCUUGAGUGACAAAUGGAUGAUCUAUGCUGGUACUCUGCUUGGAUCUGUUCGUCACCACGAUAUCACGCCUUGGGAUGAUGACCUGGAUGUUCUCGUUGAUUUCAGCGCAAGACCGAUCUUAUGGAAGAAGUUCAAACCACUCGCCCCCGAAAUUAUUAUUAAGGAAGCUGGAUUAAGGGACAAGUUAUACGCAAAAUUAAUUGAACCCAGCAAUACUAUGCGGGAUGUCGAAGGUAGCCGCAAACUGAGUCAGUUUGAUUGGAGUUGGCCGUACAUUGACAUCGGAUACUUCCUAUCCAACGCAACUCAUAUACAAGAACGCGCAUCGUCCUAUGUCCUUUCCCAAGCAUAUCCACUGCUCCGUCUUCGGAUAUUCUCACGCAUUUGA